AUUGGGAUUACGAACCAAUCUCUAUCGUUGUCAGAACGAGCGAUGAAUCAAAAAUGAAUCUUGAGGCAGAUGUUGAACCAAAUGGACGCAAAGGAUACGUUUUUACGGGCAAAGUGUUAGUCAAUUUUGAUAUGGACGAUACGACUAUGGUGGAGGCUACGGCUUAUCGGAGCUCUUCGGGUGCCGAGGACGAUUACAAGAUUUUACCGUGGAGCAUACCGAAGCAGACAUUUAAAAGCUUUGCCGAUUCCCAUUACAAGGACAUUGUCUACAAGAAUUUGAAGCAGUGCUCAAAUAUACCCGAACCCGAGAAUGUAUAUCCCUGGCCCAAAGGCACCUACAAAUUCGAUAGGUGCACUGCGACUGGCGAUGGAAUGCCUGAAAUUGCGCCCGAGGGCUACUACAAGGUCAUCUUUACCAUCAGCGGGGAGGUUGAAACCGGCUUCACAACCAUUGUUAGGCUCUUCACGAAAACGGAUAUGAUUGGUUAGAACCCAAAGACAACCGAAAGGUGAUGGCAUAAGAAAACAAUAUUGAAUAAUAAUCAACAAAUUUAUGUUAGUUUUAACAGUAUCUAUCCGUAUCUAUCCGAGUGGUUCCAGAAAAACACAAGUUAUAUUAAAUUUACAAUAGCUCUGCAA